AUGCAGAUGAUGAAUAGAAACAACAACAACAACAACAUCUAUUGUCAAUUUACGUCGACGACGAUCGCAAACGGGGGAAAUCACCCGCCCGAGUGCAAGUGCUACUCACGAAUUUUAUCGUCCUACGAUCAAUCUUUAGAGGAACUCAAGUUCCAAAAGUCCGCGUGUCAUUUCGCGCAGAUUGGAAACGUCGAGAAACUGAAACAGUUAUUGGAGAACGAUUGCGAGCGAUGGACAAACUCCAUCGACACUCAACUGAGCGGAUUGACGCCGUUACACUACGCGUCCAGGAACGGCCACUCGGAGUGCGUGAAGUUAUUGCUGGAGAAAAAGUAUGCAUGCAAGGUGAACGCGAGGACGACAUCGGGGAACUCGACGGCGUUGAUGCGAGCGAGUGCAACUGGGGAGGCUGAAAUAGUCGAAAUGUUGUUGAAAGCGGGGGCGGACGCGAGCUUGAGAGAUGACGAUGGAGAGACCGCGUUGCAUAAAGCGUACACUUUUAUUCGACAGGAAAAACGACGAAAUGAAGAUUUUGAGGAGGAACGAAGAAAACGAGCGGAAAUGAAAUUUGAGAAGAUUGUGAAAGCGCUCGUCGCGAAUUAUCCGGAAGCGACGACGGUCACGAAUAGAAGAGGCGAGAAGCCUUGCGAACGAGAGAUUUAG